AUAUUCUAACUUUGCGCGGCGAUUCACAAAAUACUUUUUGACUCGAUAUUAUCGUGAAUCUAACUGACUAGUUUUACUUAUUGCAAAACUAGCCGCCCCCUCCCCUCCACAACCGCCAGAAUGGCUCUUACUGCACAGACACCGGACCCCCAGCCCUGGGGACGGUAUUUUCCUCAGCAGCAAAAUGCAGAUUAUCUGAUGGUCGAUCCGUCAGGCUUCAUACCAUAUUCUCAGGGCCAGACGAGCGCCGCACCCAUUCACCGAUCGGACAUGCCUACACAGUUCCUGGUAGGAAAUUCGUAUGCCGUGACCAGCCCGCAAGCACCGCAAUACCCGGCCGGCAAUCACUUCAUGUUCGGUUCAUACACGCCUCCGUCCCCUCCCGUUGUACCGUCUUACAAGCACUAUCAAGAGGAGUGUCCACCUUUGCGUACGAUAUCCACUGAUGCUGGAGGAGUACAAGUUGGGUAUCAAAGGGACCCAUACCGAACGAAUCCGGUAGAGCCAGAGGGAAAAGCACAUAUCAAGUACGAGCCACAGAUUGAAAUCAAGCGAUCCCCCUCCCCAUCUCCUCUUAUUAUAUCAAAAACCGUUGCCCGCAAUGCCAUCGAAGAUGAAGCUAGCGAAGUGAUAUUCCAUACGGAAAUAGACAACUUAAUGAAGGCAAUCCAGUUGAAGGGCACCAAGACCAACGAGGAACCCAGCUCUGUGGAGGCUUUCUACCCUUCUCCUCCGCGCCAGGAUGAGGAAAAAUUCAACUUGCGCAGGAAGUCUUGUAGCCCGGAAGGUAAAAGCUCUAAUACUACAAGUGGCCGCGGCGGGAAACCCCGUCAGAAGCGCUAUGUCUGCGACUUCAAGGGAUGUGGGAAACGAUGUGCUCAGAAAACCCAGCUUGAAACGCACAUGCGAGCCCACACAGGAGAGAAGCCUUAUGUAUGUAAAGAGCCUGGAUGCGGUCUAGGGUUUAGCCAGAGAGGUAACUUGAAGGCACACAUUCGACAACACACCGGCGAGAAGCCAUUUCAGUGUGAUAUUUGCAAGAAGUCUUUCGCUCAGCUUGGGAACGUAAAGCCGCAUAGAAACACUCACUUCCGUACCAAGCCUUUCGUCUGCAUGCUUGACGGGUGCCCGAAGACCUUCAGUCAGCGGGGAAAUUUAAAAACUCACCAUAACGCGUAUCACAGAGAGACCAUCAAAAGGCUGACGCAGAGGGUCCGCAACAUGACCGGUAGCGAGGAGCUAUCCGCAGAAGAGCAGAUCAUCUUCAAACACUUCACCGAGCUGUACAAGAACCUCAACAAGGGCAUCAAAGGCCGAGGACCUGGCCGCAAAGUCAAGCUCAGAAACCCAAGCUCGACAACGCCGAGUACUUCGCAACAACCUCACCGACCCCAGCCUCCGCCGCUUGCCCAGCAGCACAGCAUGUACCAGCUGCGCUGCGCUGCCCCGGACGGCCUCCCCUACCAGGAGAGCUUCGGAGAAUGCAGCAGCAUGCCGAGGGGUGCUCUCCCCAGCAACAUGGUGCUCCCACAACACCAGCAACAACAACAGCAACAACAACAGCAACAAACUGCUUAUGGUCAAUAUGACAUAGACCAGUCUAGCAUCGCCUCCAGCGAAACUGCGACCGCUUCCAGCAGUCCUAGCAUGGUGCACGAAGACCACUACGGCCGUGCGUUUUCUACCCACCACAGAGGUUACUAGAACCCUCCCCCGCGCGGCAUUCCCCGUUACGGGGGAACCCGUGCAAAUAUCACGUCUU